AUGGAUCUAGAAAACCAGACAGGUGUGAUAGAAUUUUUUCUCUUGGGACUCUCAGAAGAUCCAGAACUUCAGCCGAUUCUCUUUGGACUGUUCCUGCUUAUGUACCUAGUGACAGUCUUUGGGAACAUGCUCAUCAUCCUGGCCAUUGUGUCUGACUCCCACCUCCACAAUCCAAUGUACUUCUUCCUCUCUAACCUGUCCUUCACUGACAUCUGCUUUAGCACCACCACUGUUCCUAAGAUGCUGACAAACCUUCAGAGACAGAGCAAAGCCAUCAGUUACACAGGCUGCAUUACACAGCUCAGCUUUGUCUUACUUUUUGCUGGGAUGGAAAACUUUCUCCUUGCAGCAAUGGCUUUUGAUCGGUAUGUGGCUAUCUGCACUCCACUUCACUACACAGCCAUCAUGAAAUUCCACCUGUGUUUCCUGAUGAUUUUAUUGUCUUUGUGUAUUAGCAUUGUGGAUGCCCUUCUGCAUGGUUUAAUGAUUUUGAGGCUAUCUUUCUGUACAUAUCUUGAAAUUCCACUUUUUUGUGAGCUUGAUCAGGUCAUCAAGCUUGCAUGUUCUGACACUCUCAUCAAUAAUAUUCUUGUAUAUGCAGUGACUAGUCCAUUAGGUGGUGUCCCCCUACUGGGAAUUAUUUUUUCUUACUUUAAAAUUAUCUCUUCCAUACUGAGAAUGAAAUCACCAGGAGGUAGGUCUAAAGCUUUCUCAACAUGUGGGUCUCAUCUGUCCAUUGUGUCUUUGUUCUAUGGGACAGCUUUUGGGGUAUAUAUCAGUUCUGCAUUUACAGAUUCAUACAGGAAAACUUCUGUGGCAUCACUAAUGUAUACUGUGCUCCCUCCAAUGUUGAACCCAUUUAUCUACAGUCUGAGAAACAGAGAUAUCAAGAAAGCUUUGAGGAAAAUCAUCUGA